AUGCCCCAUCUCAUUAAGAAAGUUGCGCUCACUGGGGCCAAGGGCAGUGUCGGAGCCAAAGUGCUCGACGCAUUGAUCGAAGCGAGGUUCCAAGUUACCGUCCUUACCCGAAAAGAAGCCAAGCAUCCCGCCGGGGUUGAAGUAAAGGUUGUCGACUACAGCUCCCUGUCGUCGCUCAAGGAUGCAGUCCAAGGCCAAGAUGCUGUGAUCGACACGACUCAGAGCAACGACAGCGAAACACCUGUCCGACUCAUUGAGGCGAGUGCUGCAGUAGGAGUGUAUCGAUUCAUUACAAGUGACUUUGGUUUGGACCCAGACCUGCCUGGAGUUCACGAUGUGCCAGUAUUCGCUCGCAAGAAGGCAGCCUACGAUGCCGUGAAGGCGAAGUUCAAGGAGACGGGCAUGACAUACACUGUCAUUACACCCGGUCUUAUCCUAGACUGGAACCUUGCGACUGGGUUUGCCGGCAUUCAACUGAAAGAGAAGAAGGUCACUUUCUUUGACAAAGGAGACAACGUCAUGCCCUGGACAACGCUGCAGGACAUUGGGCGAGCAGGCGCCAGUGCGCUCCUGAAGCCCGAAGAGACGCUCAAUCGCCCCGUGUACAUACACAAUGUCAACAUGACGCAGAGGCAGAUGCUAGACGUAGCGAAGGAUGUAUUGGGGAGUGAUGGAUGGGAAGAAACGUCACAGGGUAUGACGGCUGCCUAUAAACAGGCUCUUGCGGAUAUGAAGGCGGGCAACAUCACGAUGAUGACAUUUGGAGUUCAGCUCCAGUAUUGCAUGGCCAAGAAAGAGCUUUGUCAUCCAUGGGAAAAGGACGACAAUGCCCUUGUAGGUGUCAAGGAGAUGACCCGAGACCAGGUGAAGCAGCUCAUUCGAGACAUUGUUGUGUAG